AUGGAUCCGGAGGGAAAGAAGUUUGGGAGAGGUAACAAAUCAGAAUGCCCUUUUGAAUACUCUGCCCAUAUACCUUCUUUAAUAUGUGAUAUAUACUCCAUUCAUGCAAGUUUCAUGGGUACUAAUAUUGAUUGAGCCAGAAAUAAUAAGAAGGCAGCUCGAUGCAUUUGGGUUGCAGGAAUUUUUCCUCUGGAGUGAACGUAGGAAAUCAUUCCAUUAAUUAACUGGGCUUAUUUUUUAUACCAUGUGUUCUUCCCAUGCCUUUUCUUUGGGCACUCGAUUUCUCUUUGAGUGAGACUCCUUUGCGUUGCGGCCGACUCCUCUACCAGUGCUCCUCGGUAGCGUCCCAAUGAUUGCCUCUGCUCGUUUCCCUAUGCUCUUAUGGAUUCUUCAGAGCAGCCUUCUUCCGUUGCCUACUUCUGAACGCUGUUUCUUGGAAGUGGAAUUCUCAGGAGCUAAGGAACUCACGGGCGGCGUGGACCUUCUGAACCACUACCAGCUGCUGGGAUACUAUGAUUUCUUCUGCAAGCGGGCGCUGCCCCUGUCGAUCUCAGAGACGAGCUACCUCCGCAGGGUGGUCGGAGACACGGAGAUCAGGAAGGGGGAGGGCAUGGAACUGGGCCAGCUCCUCGAGGAGACCUCGCGCUGUGAAGAGCUCCCGGCCACCAUCCGCCCUUUUGAGUUGGACAAUCUGAGGGAGGCCUUUGAUCUCCGAGAGACGGCUCCAGUGGAGUUGCCCUCUGUAAGUACCACCCCCCUCCUCUCUCUCUCUCUCUCUCUCUCUCUCCUGCCUUUCUCGCUCUAGGACUCAAUGGGCAUCUCGCCGUGCCCACCAGGAGGAGAGAGGAAGACCCACGAUCAGUGGGAGAGUGAAGAUCGAGGCCAAGGAGAGGGAGAGAAAGCCCAGGAAGCACAAGGAGAAGGACCGCGAGAAGGACAAGGACCGGAAGAAGCACAAGCAUCGGCACAAGGGGGGGCGGUCCAGGGAGAAUGACAAGGACCAAGCGAAAGAGAAGAGAGAUAAGAGUGGGCACUCUGAUUAUGGCGGAAGCCAAUCCAAAAGGCAUGAAGAUAAGGUACCCAGUUCCACACUUCUUCUUUGCCGGUCAACGGACCGCAGGGAUGUCUCUGCAUGAUAUCGAGGAAUUCAUGGACUGAUGGCUUGGGAUGAAUUCAUCAGUCUUCUUUACUUGUUAUAGAAAAGGAAGCACGAUGGCACUGAGGACAUCUCCAACCUCUACAAGCACAAGAAAAGCAAGGUAGCGCUACUGAAAACCCUGCACUGUCUCUCUCCCUCGAGUGAUGAACCCGCUAUGUAUUCCUACUCUCAGAUAAUGUUUCUUGCCUACCCCAAUCAGCACAAGAACUCGAAGGUGGGCGAGAUGGGAGCAAUAAGGGUCGUGGGUUGA